CUAGGCAGGUUGUAGUCCAGGACUUGUUAUGACAGAUGACAGAGCCAGGUGGUGCCUGUCCAGGUGAGCGGGAGCUUCCCCCAAAAUCCAAUGACUGGAAAGAAGCUAGGUUCCAGGAUGAGCCUUGAUUCUUGAUCACCUGGAACAAGCUGGACUUUGAAUCGGCCUCUGGGGUGAGCUGCUUACCCUAGCCUGAAUUCAGAGACCAUCUAUUUUUCGGAUGGGAAAUCUGAGAACCACCCAGGAGCAAGGUCUUAGUGGCGGCUGCUCUGCCUCUCGGCCCAGGACUCUGUCGUGUGGGCCCCAGGAAGUCCAACUGUGAGUCACCUCGAAGUGCCCAGGGAGCAGCACUGGGGGUCGGCUAGCCAGGGAUGGAUGCCUGUCCUCUGUACCCUGCUUCUCACGGCUGUGGUUAGCCCUGGUGAUUCAUUUCCCCCUUCUGCUGGCCCAGAGGGGGGCGCCGCCCUGGCCUGGCAGGGGAGAAAAGACUUGGUGGGGAAUGGAGGGGGAACAAGAUGAGGCAGUCUUAAGGGACCACGUGGUCCAGCUCCGCUGAAUCCCAAGGUCUCGGGAGACAUUUGUGGUCUAGGAUCAGGUGGUUCCUCUUCAACGCCCUGCUUCUUGACUACCGCUUUGGGAUAGCUCUGCAGCAUACCCCCACGGUUUCUAGCGCUGGAUACCGGUCUUUAAGGGAGGCUCUAGGUGCUGGAGACGCCCAGAUUCCUGCUUGUGCGGGGUACAGCCGACACUCGCCACCAAGGGACUCUGCUCGCAGCUGCGCAAGCCGAGCGAGGAGGCGCAAAGGCUGUGGGAGGAGCUAGACGUCCUCCAGGCUCCGGGGCGGGGCCUCGUGGGGCGGGGCCCAGGCUGAGCCCAACUUUCCGGGUGGAGCGCUGCUUCGGUAGCCGCGGAGAGGGCGGGGUCGGGAGCGCCGAGCAGCGCGAACACGCAGGGCCGGACUGGAACCCCGCGCUGGACGUUGCCGGAUCCACCUCGGGAGCCGAGUCGCAGAGCAGCCAGAGCAGCCAGAGCAGCCGGAGCAGCCAGAGCAACUGCAACCAGGCCUAGCUUGCAGAUCCGUGCCGGCCGGCCUGUCCGCCUCUUUUUCCCCCCCGCGCUGUCAGAGGCGACGGGGACUGGGGCAGCGGCUUCUGCGACCUUCGCUUCCAUGCUCGGAGCGCGAUCGCCCUUGCGCUGUCUGGUCAUGGCCUGAGCACCAAAUACGCAGGAGGUCGGAGUCAGUGUCUUCAUCCUGACGGUCUAGGGACCUAAGAGGAAAAAAGCCAAGAGGGUUCCGUGUAAGAGCAUCGCGUGAGCACGGGGCGUGGAGGGGGUACAAGAGGUGCCAAGGUUUACCAGGCCUGUGUGGGUACCAGGCAGUCCGGCAUCCCAGCGGCCACGACCUCUGUUCUGCCCUGAGGAAGUUAGAAUAAUCAGCUGGCUCGGGUCUAGCACUUGAAGCGGUACCCUCUCUUGUCUGAGGAAUCAGGACCUGGCCUAGCGAGUCCCUGGAAAGCCUGCCUCCUGCCCCAGCCCCACUGGUGCGGAUGUGCCGCUGCCCACGGGAGCGCCAUGAAGGCAGGAUGACCUCAGCCGAAGCAGUGGCUGUGGCUGGAAGUGCCCGGGAGCAUGGCUGCCCCAAGUGGCCUCCUGACAACCCUCAGAUCCUCGGGCAGCCUGCGCGGGCCAGAGUGGUUGUGGCAGCUCUGGUGUGGCUGUUGGCAGGAGCCAGCAUGUCAAGCCUCAACAAGUGGAUCUUCACAGUGCAUGGCUUCGGACGGCCCCUGCUCCUCUCAGCAUUGCACAUGCUGGCAGCUGCCCUGGCAUGCCACUGGGGGGCUCGGCGGCCCAUGCCCCGCAGCAUCCAAGGCAGAGUCCUGCUACUCAGCCUCACCUUUGGUACCUCCAUGGCCUGCGGCAACGUGGGCCUGAGCACUGUACCCUUGGACCUAGCACAACUGGCCACCACUACCACACCACUGUUCACACUGGCCUUGUCCGCGCUGCUACUUGGCCGAAGACAUCAUCCCCUGCAGUUUGCUGCUAUGGGCCCGCUCUGCCUGGGAGCUGCAUGCAGCCUGGCUGGAGAGCUCCGGGCACCCCCAGCUGGCUGUGGCUUCUUGCUUGUGGCCACCUGUCUCCGAGGCUUCAAGUCCGUUCAACAGAGUGCCCUGCUGCAGGAAGAGCGGCUGGACGCGGUGACUCUGCUGUACGCCACCUCUCUGCCCAGUUUCUGCCUGCUGGCGGGCGCUGCUCUGGUGAUGGAGGCUGGAGUGGCCCCUCCGCUGACUCCCACCGACUCUCGCCUCUGGGCCUGUGUCCUGCUCAGCUGCUUCUUGUCUGUGAUCUACAACCUGGCCAGCUUCUCCUUGCUGGCACUCACAUCCGCCCUCACCGUCCACGUACUGGGCAACCUCACAGUUGUGGGCAACCUCAUCCUGUCCAGGCUCCUGUUCGGCAGCCACCUCAGCGCCCUCAGCUACGUGGGCAUCGCCCUCACACUUUCAGGGAUGUUUCUUUACCACAACUGUGAGUUCGCGGCCUCUUGGGCUACCCGUUGCAGGUUGUGGCACAGGAACCAGCCUGGCAAAGGUCUUUGAGACCCCGGGGCUGCGCCUGAGCCGUACCUGGACAGCCCGAGCCUGUAUCUAACCAUGGCCAAUGGCCAUGAGGAAAGUGGAGGGGUGCUAUGUGUGCCAGGCCGGGGAAAGGCGGUGCUCUCUGGAAGGGCUGCCUGGGAGGCCAGGCACUUUCAGAGAGACCCACCCCCUAUCCCUGCCUGCCUCACCUGUGAGAGCAAGGCCUGCCACUGGAUGGUGGGUCCAAGUCUGGCACGUGUGCUUGUCAGAUGAAUCAUGAUCAGUGUCAAGUACUACGAUGACAAUGGCUGGGCAAACUUAGAAAGCCUCAAUGUGUGAUGAUGAAGACAAUGCCCAGCGGUUACACAAUCCUUCCUCCAGUGGGGGAGGCCGCGAGGGACACCAGAGAAGGCUUCUGCCUUCAUUGCUGGGCUCCCCAAAAAACUUGGGGUAGUCUGUGCCAACUUCAGGUCGCGACUGCAGCCCCACUCUGGUGCCUCCUCCUCUGGAUUUGGAUCUUCCAUCCUCAAAUAAACUAUUUUUUGCUUGGA